AGGAAGGGAGGGUGAUCUCUGUCCGGUCUCAAACAGUGAAGGGUCCGAGCGCAACGGUUAAAAGGGCUCAGAGUUGAGACACAUGUUAAACAAGAGUCCGAGCACUCAGACACUAAAUUAUGUCUGAGCGCGACUUUCAGGAAAGCCACACAGAGAAACGCGCUUUGAGGGUUAUUGCAUACAACGCAGUUUUGCGCGGAGCUGUCCAAGGUGGGGUAGGAUGAUGGGAUGAAGCACCUGUUGCUAUGCCAAUGUCUACAGAGGAUAACGAGGAUGCGAUCGAUUCAUUUCUGCGUGGAAUGCUGUCAUCAAGUGAUAUAAACGGAUUGCCAACUUUGUUACCUCCAGAUAUUGUUGCGUUAGGUCUGGGCACUUUUUUAUUUAUUUAACUUUUGACUUCAACACUUUGGACAGUCAUCGUUGCUUUGAUGCUUACCAUUUAUGAACGCAUUUGAUGUUUAGAUGUUGUAAAUAAUACAUUUAAUCCAUUACACUGUAGUCAAUUAUUUACCAGCCUGUUACCCAGAAGGGCCCAUUUUAAUUCAAGAUCGUGAUAUGGACAUGGAGAAAGUCGGCUGUGUUAAUGAAAUGCCACGAGGUGCUGGGAGAGUCGCUCGCGCUGCGGGCUUUGCGGCUCGGUGAACCGCUGGCACACUUCACGCGCGUCAAUGACGUUGGCUCCGUGGUUAAGACUGGCACGGCUCGCCCUGCUGACUGCGUGUAUUUAUUCAUGGCUAGUGGUUCACGGAUGCGGGCCGGGCCCGGGUUACGGCAGUCGCCCUCGGCAGCGCAAAUUGACUCCAAUGUCUUACAAGCAGUACGUGCCCACUGUUUCUGAGAACAACCUGGGAGCGAGCGGAAAAGCGGAGGGCAGGAUAACGCGCAACUCGGAGCGAUUCAAUGAACUGGUGUGCAACUACAACACUGACAUUGACUUCAAAGACGAGGAACAUACCAAGGCCGACAGGUUCAUGACCAAGCGCUGCAAGGACUGCAUCAAUAAACUGGCAAUAGCAGUAAUGAACCAGUGGCCCGGGGUUCGGCUGAGAGUGACGGAGGCUUGGGAUGAAGAUGGCCACCACCCUCCCGGUUCUUUACAUUAUGAGGGCCGUGCUGUUGACAUAACCACCUCAGAUCGGGACACCAAAAAAUAUGGCCUUCUUGCACAGUUGGCCGUCGAGGCUGGAUUUGACUGGGUGCAUUAUGAAUCGAAAUAUCACGUCCACUGCUCUGUAAAAGCUGAUCACUCUGUGGCAGUGGAAAAAGGAGGAUGUUUCUCAGGAUCAGGACUUGUGACAAUGGCUGCGGGUGUGCAGAAACCCAUGUCAUGUUUGCGGCCUGGAGAAAAGGUGCUUUCCUUAUCUCGGUCAGGUGAUGUUGUUCUCAGCCGGGUUCUUCUCUUUCUACACCGUGAUAUCGAGAGCAGAUCCUCUUUCCUUAUUUUUGAAAUCGAAAAUGGAAAACAAAUGUCACUUACGCCUAAUCAUCUCAUCUUUGUGGCUUCUAGUCUCAAAAUGAACCACCAUGAGUACCAUGCUAUAUUUGCCAAUAAAGUUAGGAUUGGAGACUAUAUACUUACUACUGCGGGGCAUGGAGGAAUUCAGCCAUCUAGGGUAAACUCCAUUUCACUGGAGGAGAGAAUAGGGGUUUACGCCCCUUUAACAGAACAUGGAAACUUAUUCGUGGAUGGAGUGCUGGCUUCCAACUACGCAUCUGUUGAGGAUCACAGACUUGCACACUGGGCAUUUUGGCCUUUUCGCCUCUUGUUUGGCUUUUUCCAAACAGAGAGAGAUGGGAACUCAAUUAAAUUUACAAGUAAUCCCCAAAUCCCUAUUAUCUAUUCCAUAGAUCAGACUCCUCUCAUUGAUAUGAUACACAAUAGCACCACAUGCAGCAAAUUGCAAAAUGCCACAGCUGGAGUGGAAAACGAACACAGUUUUGUACAACACUGUGAUUGGGCCAGUGGGCCGAAAAAGGAGGUUUACUGGUAUGCAAGAUUUUUGCACACUUUAGGACAGAUAUUUCUUGACUCUAAGAGGUUUUACUGAUCAUCUAGUCAAAUACAGAAUAGGUGGAUUUAACACCAGCUGUGCCUCUCUGUGGGAACUUUAUCUUUGAAAAGAAUAACUUGUUAAAAACUACUGACCAAAAAUGAAAUUGCAAUAGGCACUAUAUUUGAUAAAUAUUACUCACUACAUUUUAUAUAUAGUUACGUUUAUUUUACUCAUUUAGAAUAUGUGACUUUUGUUGCAGAUAUGUAUACAUUUGAGAUAUUCUGUGUAUUUAAAAAAUCAUUUUAAGACCCAUAUUUUAAUAAUACCCAUGUGGACGAUUUUUUUAUUCUGAAUGUAAACUUGCAUUUUUUAUGUAGCCUAUGUUUUUAAAGAAAAUAUUUUGAAGAGUAAUAAAUAUUUAUUUUUAUACCUCUGAAUUUAUAAUAUAUAGUACAUGUUCAACUGUAUGUCCGUGUAUUUCUGAUUGUGGCCCGAGCCCCUUUAUCCCAGCAGACAUUGAUCAUUUUUUAUAUUGAUAUUUUCACUUCAAAUACAAGUUUGUGUAUUGAAUUAGCUCACUAAUUUAAUCUUCUAAAGUUAAUCUUGUUAGGCCGGUUGUGUAGACACGGUUUAGCCUUAACCAGGACUACCCUUAGUUGAAUUAAGAUAUUUUUGUCGCUUUUAUAAAAAUGCCUUAGAAGAAUACAUUACCACGGUGCAUCUUGAAACAAAACAAUAGCGCUGAUAUAUUUUAAGAUAUUUCUGGGCAAAUUAUAUUCAGUUAAGGCAUGUCACACAUUCAUUUUAGUCUGGGACUAGCUUUAAACCUUGUCUGUGAAACCGGGCCUUAGAGUCUUUAUUCAUACUGGAGUCAUACUGCACAUUUUGUUGACAUUGUGUUGACAUUGAAUUUUGUUGACAUUGUGAUUAAAGGGAUACUUCACCAAAAAAUGAAAAUUCUUACAUCAUUUACUCACCUUCGAGUUAUUCCAAAUCUGUAUAAAUGUCUUUGCUCUGAUGAACACAGAGAAAGAUAAUUGGAAGAAUGCAUAUAACCAGACAGAUUUAGCCCCCCGUUGACUGCCAUAGUUGAAAAAAAUACAAAUGGUAGUCAAAAGUGUCCCAGAACUGUUUGCUGUCCUACAUUCUUCAAAAUGUCUUCUUCUGUGUUCAACAGUACAAAACAAAUAUAAAUGUAUUACUAUGGGAAUCAACUGUGGUAAUAAGCAUUCUUCCAAAUAUCUUUCUGUGUGUUGAUCAAAACAAAGAAAUGUUUACAGAUCAAUUAAGGUGAAGUAUCUCUUCAAGUUGUUUUAAGAAGUCAAUGGGACACUUUUACCAAGUGUUUCACGCCCCCUAGUGGACACCGAAGGGCACACCACACAUUCUUUUGAUUUGCCAAGCCUGGUUUUAAAAAUCCAUUUGUUUUAAAAUUUAACUAAUAAAUUACAGUUGUUUUUAUGUAUAUUCUA